AUGAGAUGGGCAUUGCUGCCUACCACGUGCUGCCUACACCGACGGCCUGGAGGCCCGCGCAUCUGCACCUUUCUACCUGACGCACCAGUGCCGAUCCAACUCCACCACUACGCACGCCUCGCGGCGGGGGCGCCGCAGCAAGAAGCUAUCGGUCCCUUGAGGACCUCCAGAAUAUUUCCUGGAACUUUCUUUGCGCGCUCUCUCUCCCUGCGCCGGUAUUCCACUUCGCCACACCCAGCCAACACCGCCGUGUUAGCGCACAAGAGCUUCGCACAGCGUGACUCGAGACAGAUGGGCAUGGAUAUCGAGGAGCUUUGCGAUCUGGAGGCCAAGCUGAAGACCUCGCGUGGAAGUGAUACGUCGCCUGCUAGUAGAGAUGCAAAGGUGAACAUCCUCAAGUACCUUCAAAUCAAGGCGGUAACGAGGUUUCAAGAAGCAUACGACGAUUUGUACUACGAGCUCAACAAGAAGGGAGGGCUUGAAUGUCUUCGCAGCAUCGUCCCGAUUCGGUGGAAGGAAGUCCUCCAGCCCAAAGUAUUGGAGCUACAGGACUGCGACGAAGACGAGGAACUCGAAAAGAAGCUAGACUUUUAUCUUGCGGACGCAGAGCUUACAAAGCCGCAUCUGGACGAGCUCGUAUCCAAGAUUGCGCACGACUCGUGUAAAUUCGUAGUACAGUACGUUGACGUCAAGUCACGGGAUCGCACGCGAGAGAAGGCAAGGAAGUCCUGUGGUGGGGACGUCCGAAAGGUUGCUGACAUGGCUAGGGUGACUGUGGUCUGUGCCACACCGGAGGCCUUGAAAGAGGUGUACUCGGCUAUCACGGGGCUGCCCAAGCCGCACCAUGUUCUACGGGUGAAAAACGGCUUCAACUCCGACUGGAUGCCAAGCGGUUACCGGGAUGUGAAAGUCAACCCCGUCGUGAACAAUCACCUAUGUGAGAUUCAGCUGCAGCUGCGCGAGUUCUUUGCGUUAAAAGGCGGCCAACACGCCGUGUACAAGUGGGCGCGGGAGCUUAACGUAGUUGCGGAUUUGCGUGCAGAAUACCUGUACAAGAACCUGUCCAUCGAGGUCACGAAAGAGAUGAUGCGCCUGGCGGGGCAGAAUUGGCGUGGAACUGGAUACUGUCUACCGGACCUUCAGGUCGCUGCUGGACAGUAUGAUCUGGUCGAGAAGGACCUUGGACAGCGACUUACGGACGCCGAGCGCAAAACACAUGGUGUUGAGGACCAUGGCAGCAAGGAAUCAAGACGAGCAUUACUCCGCUUAAAUACAGCCAGGGCAAGACUCGCCUAUGUGCGGCUGCAACAGGGCAAGUAUUCGGAAGCAGAAACUCUGUACAAACAAGCUGCUGCAUCGAAUGAGCUCGUUCUUGGACCCGAGCAUCCAAGGUUGGCAAUGGAUCUCAAUAACUUGGCGGGGUUGUUCGAGAAGCAGGGCAAGUAUGCGGAAGCCGAACCUCUGUGGGAACGCUCCCUCGCCAUCAAGGAGAAUGCUCUCGGCUCAGCCCACCCUGCGGUGGCGUUAGUACUCAACAACCUGGCGGUAUUGUUGAAGAUCCAGGGCAAGUAUGCUGCUGCCGCGCCACUCCAUCAGCGAUCACUGGCCAUACGCGAGAAGGUACUAGGUCCGGAGCACCCUGAUGUGUUCUCUUCGCUCAGCAACUGGGCUGCGUUGCUGAGGUGUCAGGGUAAGCACACCGAGGCUAUGCCACUUUUGGAGCGGUUCCAGGCGACAUGCGAGAAGGUUUAUGGUUCUGAGCACCAUUUGGUGGCUACAGCGCUUGAUGGCCGGGCAGGGUUGUUGAGAGAGCUGGGCAAGUACGCUGAGGCAGAGUCUCUUUAUGAGCGGUCGCACGCCAUUCGGGAGAAGGUGUUGGGCCCGGAGCAUCCACUUGUAGCCAAGUCGCUCCACAACCAGGCGGCAUUAUUUGAGAAUCAGGGCAAGUAUAAGAAAGCCGGGGCGUUUUAUGAAGGUUCCCUUGCCUUGAGGGAAACAGUUCUGGGUGCCGAACACCCGGACGUGGCCGAGUCGCUCAACAACCUCGCGACUCUGUUGCAGACGCAGGGCAAGCAUGCUGUGGCCGAGCAACUUUAUCAACGGUCACAGGCUAUACAGGUGAAGUUGCUAGGUCCGGAGCAUCCCCUUGUCGCCACGUCGCUCAACAACCGGGCGACGUUGUUUGCGAGUCAGGGCAAAUACGAGGAAGCCGGGAAGUUACAUGAACGUGCCCUUGCGAUGAGAGAGACGUUGCUGGGCCCGAAGCAUCCGGAUGUGGCGGAGUCGCUCAACAACCAAGCGGUGUUAUUGAAACAGCAGGCGAGCGGCAAGUACAUGGACGCAGAGCCCCUGUACGGCCGGAUCCUGGAUAUCCUGGGUGCAACCUUAGGCGAGCAACACCCUUAUUAUGCUUCAACGCUCCUCAAUAGGGUGGCGUUGUUGCAGGCGCAGGGCAAGUGCGAACACGCAGGCACCUUUGCCGUGCGGGCCCUGGAAAUUCUGGGUGCAACAGUAGGCGACCAACAUCCCACUUAUGCUUCAGCUCUGAACAACCGGGCGGCGGUGUUGAAGGCGCAAGGAAAUUACGAAAAAGCUGGGCGGUUGUACGAGAGCGCUAUGGCUGUCGGAGAAAAGACAUUGGGUUCAGACCAUCCAGGUCUUGCCACGUUGCUCAGGAACCGGGCGGAGUUCUUGAGAGAGCAGGGGAACUACAAAGACGCGGGUCCCUUGUUCAAACGAGCUGCUGAGAUAAAUGAAGCCGCUCUAGGCCCUGACCACCCAACAGUGGCCACGGAUCUUAACUCCCGGGCGGUGUUGUUGGGGUGUCAGCACAACUACAAGGAUGCCGGGAAACUCUUUAAGCAGUCAUUGGCCAUUCGAGAGAAGGUGUUAGGCUCAGAACAUCCUCUUGUGGCUUCAUCGCUCAGCAACUUGUCUGAGUUGUUGAAGAAUCAGGGGAACUACCCAGAGGCCAUGCGGCUGUGCAAGCGGUCACAGGCUAUUCGAGAGAAGGUGCUGGGUCCGAACCACCCCGAUGUGGCCUUAUCGUGCAACAACCGAGCGGCGUUAUUGUACCAUCAGAGCGAUUAUCCCCAGGCCGAGCAACUGUUUGCGCGGGUCGCCGAGAUGUGGGAGACAUCGUUUGGUCCUGAGCACCCAAAGGUGGCCACAGCACUCAACAACUGGGCGUCUGUGUUGGAGAAGCAGGAGAGGUACCCGGAGGCUAUUCGACGAUAUGAGAGAUCGCUCGCAAUCAAUACGAAGAGAAAAGGUGGACACCACUCACACACGGUCACCACUCAGAAAAGCCUGGACCGUGUACGCAGAAAGGUUAGUGCACGUUGGACCGUCUUGAAGGCAAACGCUGCAAUAUGGAACUCUUUGUGAGAAGGCCUGGCGCUGCUGGAAAAUGCCUUCUUCCGUGUUACAGGUGGAGACGAGAUCGAAGCAGCUGUCGGCCACUGCAAACCCGAUGAACAGGACACGAUAACAGCUCCCGGGGCAAGCUGCGUCAAGUGGAACAGCACGUCACUCUGCUUUGCCCCGCCGAGUGUGAUGUAAGAAAUCAGGCGGGGUAGUAUGCUUCGUCUGCUCCUUGUCUACUACGGUGUUUUUUUUUUCUCCAAGUACCAGGUAGACGCAACAAUGUCAUCUCUAUCCUUGGAAGGGAGUCUAAGGCAGAGUGGUAAUGAAUUCGUAGCAUCAGCGGCGGCUACCUUUCUUCUACGAUUUCCCGAGCAGCUCAACAAGUUUGUUUUGGUAGCCGUCGUGUGUACCUCUUCUGUACGUUAUGCUGGGAAGGUGUAGAAGGAAAGUGUUGGGAGGAUGAUUGUGUUUGUCGGGUGUGUUAUUUGCGGCGCCCUUUGUUGUACGUUUGGUAGCAUAUUUCUUUUGGAAAGCGUCGUGCGUGGAUUUAUCUUUCGUCACGAGGCAAGAUUUGGUUGCGAAAGCGAAACUGUACGAUUUGACAAUUGAAAAUACCUGAUGAGUAGUGUUCUCAAGAGCCGUAGGUGUUGGAUUGUUUUGCGCCACCACGUGGCGUAUAUUGAAUGCAGUACAAACCAUGUCUGCUGCAACAGCCAGUCAGUGUUGGUCCGUUCAUCGUACACGUACCCACGGGAAACCGAAGCUCAGAUCAAAUUCUGGCGAAAGGUGACAAGGACAAAUCAAUAUCACAGCAGUAGUACCGCGAUCAAAAGGAGUAAACCAGACAAUCAUAACAAACAGGCCACAGACCGUCAGACGUCGCAACUUAGACGGC